AUGCUAAGUGUAGUGGAAGGGAUUUUCCUUUUUAUUGCAAUUAUUGAGUUCAUUCUGGGAGUUCUAGGGAAUGGGUUUAUUGCACUUGUGUACUGCAACGACUGUGUCAAGAGUAAGCUCUCUAUGCUUGGCCUUAUUCUCACUGGCUUUUCAAUUUCUAGAAUUUGUCUGAUAUGGAUAAUAAUAAUAGAUGGAUUUAUAUGUAUAUUCUCUCCAGGAACACAUUACUCUGAUAAGCUAAUUGAAUAUAGUGGCUACAUUUGGGUACUUGUCAAUCAAUCAAGUAUCUGUUUUGCCACCAGCCUCAACAUCUUCUAUUUCCUGAAGAUAGCAAACUUUUCCCAUUACAUAUUCCUCUGGUUGAAAAUGAGAAUUAGAAGAAUUCUUCCUUUCCUGAUGGGAUCUUUGCUUAUUUCAUGGUUAGUUACUAUUCCGCAAGUCAUGAAGUAUUUCAAUUUUAAUAAAAUGAAGAACAGAAACACAACCUGGCAAUUCAACAUGCAUAAAAAUGAAUUCUUUGUUCAACAGUUUUUGCUAAAUAUUGGAGUCAUCUUCUUCCUUACACUAUCCUUAAUAACAUGUUUCCUGUUAAUCCUUUCCCUUUGGAGACACAGUGGGAAGAUGCAAUUGAAUGCCACAGGAUUCAGAGACCCCAGCACUGAAGCUCAUGUGAAGGCAAUGAAAAUGCUGAUAUCUUUCAUCAUUCUCUUUAUCUUGCAUUUUAUAGGCUGUGCCAUAGAAAUAUCAUAUUUUACUAUGCCGGGAAAAAAAAUCAUGUUCAUUUUUGGAAUGACAACCUCAGCCAUCUAUCCCUGGGCUCACUCAUUUAUCCUAAUUCUAGGAAACAGCAAACUAAAGCAGGCCUCUUUGCAGGUAAUGCAGCAGUUAAAGUGUUGGGAGAAGCGGGGAAUCUCAGAACCACUUGGAGAAGCUUGA